GUGUGUGGCGCCUGCGCGCUGGCUCUGACGGCCGGCUUGCAGCGCGUGGAGGCUUCUUUGAGCCGCGCGGGUCAGCUCGGCUUCGGGUCCAGGUGGCUCCGGCGGCACUUGGCGCUCGCGGGCCAUGUCGUGGCUUUUCGGCAUCAGAGGCCCCAAAGGUGAUGGCGCGGAGCCGCCGCUGUCCCUGCCGCCCGCACAGCCUGGGGCCGAGGGCGGUGGGGACCGCGGCGCGGGAGACCGGCCGGCGCCCAAGGACAAAUGGAGCAACUUCGACCCGACGGGCCUGGAGCGCGCGGCCAAGGCGGCGCGCGAGCUGGAGCACUCGCGACACGCCAAGGAGGCCCUGAGCCUGGCACAGAUGCAGGAGCAGACGCUGCAGCUAGAGCAGCAGUCCAAGCUCAAGGAAUAUGAGGCUGCCGUGGAGCAGCUGAAGAGCGAGCAGAUCCGUGUGCAGGCUGAGGAGCGCAGGAAGACCCUGAGCGAGGAGACGCGGCAGCACCAGGCCAGGGCCCAGUACCAGGACAAGCUGGCCCGGCAGCGUUACGAGGACCAGCUGAAGCAGCAGCAACUUCUCAAUGAGGAGAAUUUACGGAAGCAGGAGGAGUCUGUGCAGAAGCAGGAGGCCAUGAGGCGAGCCACGGUGGAGCGGGAGAUGGAGCUGCGGCACAAGAACGAGAUGCUGCGGGCGGAGGCGGAGGCCCGGGCUCGCGCCAAGGCCGAGCGCGAGAAUGCUGACAUCAUCCGCGAGCAGAUCCGCCUGAAGGCCGCCGAGCACCGCCAGACCAUCCUGGAGUCCAUCCGGACGGCUGGCACCCUGUUUGGUGAAGGAUUCCGUGCCUUUGUGACAGACUGGGACAAAGUGACAGCCACGGUGGCCGGGCUGACACUGCUGGCUGUCGGGGUCUAUUCUGCCAAGAACGCCACAUCUGUCGCGGGGCGGUACAUUGAGGCCAGGCUGGGGAAACCUUCCCUGGUGAGGGAGACCUCUCGUGUCACGGUGCUGGAGGCUCUGCGGCACCCCCUGCAGGUCAGCAGGCGGCUGCUCAGUAAGCCUCAGGACGCCCUGGAGGGUGUGGUCCUCAGUCCCAGCCUGGAGGCACGUGUGCGGGACAUCGCCAUAGCGACGAGGAACACCAAGAAGAACCGCAGCCUGUACAGGAACAUCCUGAUGUACGGGCCACCUGGGACCGGCAAGACGCUGUUUGCCAAGAAACUCGCGCUGCACUCAGGCAUGGACUACGCCAUCAUGACCGGUGGGGACGUGGCCCCCAUGGGGCGGGACGGUGUGACCGCAGUGCACAAGGUCUUCGACUGGGCCAACACCAGCCGGCACGGCCUCCUUCUCUUCGUGGAUGAAGCGGACGCCUUCCUCAGGAAGCGAGCCACCGAGAAGAUAAGCGAGGACCUCAGGGCCACCCUGAACGCGUUCCUGCACCGGACAGGCCAGCACAGCAGCAAGUUCAUGCUGGUCCUGGCCAGCAACCAGCCCGAGCAGUUUGACUGGGCUAUCAACGACCGCAUAGACGAGAUGGUCAGCUUCGAGCUGCCACGGCAGGAGGAGCGGGAGCGCCUGGUGAGAAUGUAUUUUGACAAGUAUGUUCUUAAACCAGCCACAGAAGGAAAGCAGCGCUUGAAGCUGGCCCAGUUUGAUUACGGGAAGAAGUGUUCAGAGAUCGCACACCUGACAGAGGGCAUGUCGGGCCGGGAGAUCUCCCAGCUUGCUGUGGCGUGGCAGGCCAUGGCCUAUGCAUCUGAGGAUGGGGUCCUCACCGAGGCCAUGAUGGAUGCCCGGGUCCAGGACGCCAUCCAGCAGCACCAACAGAAGAUGCAGUGGCUGAAGGCUGAGCGGGCCAGGCCAGACGGUGGCCGGCCCCCACUUCUGAGUGCACGGACUGAGUGAGCUGGGCCUUGAUACAUGGGGACCCUAGGCACAUUGGCCUGCUGGUGUUGCCCAGAGGAAACAGCGAGGUGCCCACGUCUCCCAGUGGCCAGUACGGUGCUGGGCAGCUGCCCCCCCCCUGCCCCCGCAGCUUUUACUGCCCCUCCUCAGGGCCGGGGCAGCAUUAAAGGCCUCUGCUUAGGACCAGCUGCACCUGUGGCGUUUUUGUGGCGGGAAUCCAACCACUCCAGGCUGUGGUUUUGGCUGGGGAGGGUCAGGCUGGGGCUACCCCUAGAACUCUCCUAGGAGACGUGUCUCCAAGCCAGGCCCAGGGGCAGCGGCCAAGCUGGACCAGCCCCGAUAGCUGGCUGCUGCAGCUCUGACCAGCACUGGUCAGGGGGUGACUGCCCAGGGCCACCUGGACCCAGAACCCAAUGAGGGGUGAGCAGAGCAGGCCGCAUGCAGCUGGUCAGAGCUGCCCACCGCCGCCCGAGGGAGAGGCUCCCUGCACACAUCUGUGAUUGCCCCCGGGUACCUGGAGGGGCUGCACUUGAGACUGGAGACCCCCGACCUGCUGGCCAGGGUCAUCCGGUGCUGGGGGACUACAGCUCUCCCUCAGUUGGAGUUGGAAUCGUUUUGUCCAGAAUGUAAUAAAAACUGACACCAUACCUC